AUGCGGACGGUAGCGACGUAUGCGGCGCCCUACCAGGAAAACGCCAUCUCGGUCCUCCCCAGCAACGUCGACCCAGAGUCGCCAGAAUACAAGGACAAUGAGAAACUCAUGGCGGAGGCGAUGGAGCGCCUCGAGAGGCUCGUCAGCACCGCGCAGCAAGGUGGCCCCGCAAAGGCCAGGGACAAGCACAUCGCCCGUAAUAAGAUGCUGCCCCGUGACCGCGUCGCCGCCCUCAUCGAUCCGGGAACAACCUUCAUGGAGCUCUCGCCGCUCGCCGGCCACGAGCUAUACCCAGAGGCCGAGGUGCCCGCUGGAGGCAUCAUCACUGGUAUCGGCCAGGUCGAGGGUGUGACGUGUAUGAUUGUCGCCAAUGACAGCACGGUCAAAGGCGGCACAUAUUACCCCAUCACCGUCAAGAAACACCUGCGCGCUCAGGCCGUCGCGCAAGAGAAUAAGCUGCCGUGUAUCUACUUGGUCGACUCUGGCGGUGCCAAUCUCCCACAUCAGUCGGACGUGUUCCCAGACCGAGAACACUUUGGGCGCAUCUUCUACAACCAGGCUCGCAUGAGCUCGCAGGGCAUCCCACAGAUUUCAGUCGUCAUGGGACUGUGCACGGCUGGUGGUGCUUAUGUCCCCGCGAUGAGUGACGAGAACAUCAUUGUGGAAAAGCAAGGCACCAUUUUCCUCGCUGGCCCGCCCCUCGUCAAGGCUGCGACGGGCGAGGAGGUUUCUGCAGAAGACCUCGGCGGUGGUGCCAUGCAUACUUCGGUUUCCGGUGUCUCCGACUAUCUCGCCGUCGACGACGCCCAUGCCAUUGUUCUCGCCCGCCGCUGUAUCACCAACCUCAACUGGCCGGCGAAGCCGUUGCCACCCGCAGAAUCAUACUCGGAACCCCUCUACCCAGCCUCUGAGCUUUUGGGCAUCGCCUCGACCAACCUCCGAAAGCCCCUUCCCAUUCGCGAGGUCAUUGCGCGGAUAGUCGACGGCUCGCACUUUUCCGAGUUCAAGCGAGACUACGGCACAACGCUUGUCACGGGCUUCGCGAGCAUCUACGGUCACAAAGUCGGUAUUAUUGCCAAUGACGGCAUUCUCUUUGGCACCUCGUCCCAGAAGGGCGCCCACUUCAUCGAGCUGUGCUCGCAGCGUGGCAUCCCGCUCGUCUUCCUGCAGAACAUCUCGGGCUUCAUGGUCGGCAAGGACUCUGAGCGCGACGGCAUCGCCAAGCACGGCGCGAAGCUCGUCACGGCCGUCGCCUGCGCGGACGUGCCCAAGUUCACGGUCGUCGUCGGCGGCAGCUACGGCGCGGGCAACUACGGCAUGUGCGGCCGAGCCUACUCGCCACGGUUCCUGUGGAUGUGGCCCAAUGCCCGCGUCGGCGUCAUGGGCAGCGAGCAGCUCGCCAACGUCAUGGAGACGGUCGGGCAGAAGGCAGACCCGGAGCUCAAGGACCGUAUUGACAGGGAGAGCGACGCCGUGUACUCAUCCGCGCGCCUUUGGGACGACGGUGUGAUCCCACCCGAGCAUACGCGCAGAUACCUCGGCCUGGGCCUGCAGGCCGCCAUGGGCGGCAAGAACGACGUCAAGCACGGCGAGACCAGAUUUGGCGUGUUCAGAAUGUAG